AGGGGAAGUGUUCUAUGCAAAUGGAAGCACCCCUUAUUUAUAGGCACACACUGUUUUACUGAGCAAAAACCUCCAGUCCAUCCAUUGUCACAAUCUCCGGCGGCAUAAACUUCCAAGUUUCAAUUAUGACACUCGUUAGCUCCACUCACUCACCACCACCACCAUCACCAUCACCACCAGGAGGACCAGCACCACCGCUCAUCUUCUUAUCCUCCUCAACCCUCUCUCUCCCUCCCCACCACACCUCCCAACAACAAUGUCCACUCUCUCCCCCACCUCACGCGCCGCCCCUGACUCUCCCUCCUUCUCCACUCCUCCUCCUCCUCCUCCUCCUCCUCCUCGCUGGCCAGGCGCCAAGCCCAUCCCCCUCGCAGUCUCCCUCGCAAUCGGCAUAAUCUUCCGCUUCGCAGUCCCCAAACCCUCCCAUCUCUCAAACCAAGCCUGGCAAUUACUCGCAAUCUUCCUCACAACAGUCGCCGGACUCAUCCUCGGUCCCUUGCCUGUCGGCGCCUGGGCCUUCGUUUGCCUCACCAUCUCAGUCCUCUCCCGAACCCUAACUUUCGCCGCCGCCUUCGCCGCAUUCACCAACGAAGUCAUUUGGUUGAUCGUCGUCUCGUUUUUCUUCUCCCGAGGCUUCGUUAAAACAGGGCUCGGUGAUCGAAUUGCCUUGUACUUCGUUAAAUUGCUCGGGAAAAGCACUCUAGGGUUGGCUUAUGGAUUGGCUUUGUGUGAGUUGCUUAUUUGUCCCGCGGUUCCGAGUACUACUGCCAGAGCUGGCGGCAUUUUCUUGCCAAUUAUCAAGUCGUUGGCUUUCUCAGCCGAUAGUCGACCCAAAGACGCUUCGGCCAAGAAGCUUGGGGCUUAUCUUAUCCAGUCCCAAAUUCAGUCUGCGAAUAACUCAAGUGCUAUUUUCCUGACUGCCGCAGCUCAAAACUUGUUAUGUGUCAAAUUAGCUGAGAGUCUUGGGGUUAAAAUUGCAAAUCCAUGGGUUUCUUGGUUAAAGGCUUCCAGUUUACCUGCAUUUAUAUCUCUUUUGGCUACCCCAUUUGUCCUAUUCAAGCUCUUUCCCCCUGAAAUUAAGGAGACACCAGAUGCUCCUGUCAUGGCCACACAGAAACUGGAGCAGAUGGGUCCUAUCAAAAGGAAUGAGUGGGCGAUGGUUGGUACCAUGCUUAUUACGGUUGCAUUGUGGAUCUCUGGACAGGCUCUUGGUAUAGCUAGUGUUGUUGCUGCAAUGCUGGGCUUGUCAACACUUCUGUUGUUGGGAGUGCUUGAUUGGGAUGAUUGCUUGAGUGAAAAGUCAGCAUGGGAUACCUUAGCCUGGUUUGCAGUUCUAGUAGGCAUGGCAGGUCAAUUGACAACCCUUGGUGUUGUGACCUGGAUAUCUGAUGGUGUGGCCAAAUUGCUCAAAUCUUUCUCAUUGGGUUGGCCUGCAGCAUUUGGUAUCCUUCAGGCAGCAUAUUUUUUCAUCCACUAUCUAUUUGCCAGUCAAACUGCCCAUGUUGGAGCCUUGUACUCUGCAUUUCUUGCAAUGCACUUGGCAGCUAAAGUGCCUGGUCUAUUAGCAGCGCUAGCAUUGGCAUACAAUACAAAUCUUUUUGGUGCACUAACACAUUAUAGCAGUGGCCAGGCUGCAGUGUACUAUGGAGGUGGUUAUGUAAAACUUCCUGAUGUUUUUAGACUGGGCAUUUUGAUGGCCCUUGUUAAUAUAGUAAUAUGGGGACUAGUUGGAACUCCCUGGUGGAAGAUUUUGGGGCUUUAUUGAUGUUAUUUUUGUAGGAAAAGAAUAUACAACUUGAGCACAACUUCCGCUGAACCUUGCUAGAAUCUGAGAACUCUACUUUUUUAAGUACAAAAACACUGUUGCCUUUUUUAAAAUGAUGGUCAUCAUAUUUAUGCUACUAUUGUUGUUGUGUAGUUAUUCCUUGAA